AUGCAUGACUAUUUGAUGGCUGGGGAUUCUGAGCUAUGGAACAUCAUUCUUGAUGGUCCUUUUAUUCCAACAAAGAUUGGCGAGGCGACUGGAAAGUCAGUUAAAAAACACAGAAAGGAAUACUCAGAGACUGAUAGAAAAGCCAUUGAAAAAGGGUUCAAGGCUAAGAAGAUCUUGAUGUGUGGCAUUAGACUAGGUGAAUACAACUGUGUUUCAACGCGUGAGACUGCAAAGGAGAUAUGGGAAGUCCUGUUGAUGGCCCAUAAAGGAAUAUCCCAAGUUAAAAGGUCCAAAAUAGACAUGCUCACCACUGAAUAUGAACUAUUUAAGAUGAAAAACGGUGAGUCAAUUCAAGAUAUGCACACUCGUUUUAUAUCCACCAUCAAUGAACUUCAUUCUCUUGGAGAAAUCAUUCCAGUCAACAAGCGAAAAUACUUGCUGUUCUACCAAGUUCUUGAGAGAGUAAAGUUGAUGCCAUAA